AUGACAACUUUAGAUGAUUACUUUUCCAUCCAAACGUUUCUUAUUGUUUUAAGGGAGACUUUAGAGUCAGCUAUUAUUAUUAGUGUUUUAUUAUCAUUUGUUCAUCAAACUUUCAGUACUAAAUCAGAUGAUCAUAAAGAGCAAGUUGCAAGAGUUAUACAGGAACAAACAAAUGGUGAGUAUUAUGCUAUUAGUCAGACUAUAUCAAAUUCAGAUUCGACAAGUAUAGACACCAGAUCAGACGAUGAAAAAUUGUGUAAUUUUUUAAAAUUACAAAUUUGGUUUGGUGGAUUAAUGGGUAUAUUGGUUUGUUUGUUAAUUGGGUCAGUUAUAUUAGCAGUAUUUUAUUUCAUUGGUAGUGAUUUAUGGUCAGUCACAGAACACUAUUGGGAAGGAACAUUUUCAAUUCUUGCAAGUAUUAUUAUAUCGGUUAUGGGGAUAAAAAUUUUAAGAGUUAGUAAAAUGCAAAAUAAAUGGAAAUCAAAAUUGGGAAAAAUAAUUAAACUGUCAAGGUACUUCAAUACUAUCGAACAUGCAGAUGAACAAGUGGUCAUAAAAACUGAUGGAAAAUACACUAAGUUUGAGUUAUGGGUCGAGAAAUAUAACAUGGUAAUAUUACCAUUUGUCACAACUUUAAGAGAAGGUUUGGAAGCUAUUGUAUUUAUUGGUGGUAUUGGUAUCAAUGAAAAUACUUCAAUAUGGGCAAUUAUUAAUUCAGCUAUUUCCGCUAUGAUUAUUGCUUCUUUGGUUGGUGUAGUUUUAUAUCGCUCUGGUAACACAUUAUCUUUACAGUGGUUCCUUAUAAUAUCGACAUGUUUUUUAUAUUUAGUUGCAGCAGGUUUAUUUUCAAAAGGUAUUUGGAAUUUUGAGUUACAGCAUUUUAUAGAUCAAUGCGGGGGUCAAGACGUAAGUGAAACUGGUCAUGGACCAGGUUCUUAUGAUAUUGCAAAAAGCGUUUGGCAUGUUAAUUGUUGUAAUGGAGAAAUGCAUGAAGACGGAGCUUUUUGGAUGAUUUUUACUGCAAUAUUUGGUUGGACUAAUUCCGCUACUUAUGGAAGUGUUAUUGGUUAUAUUUUUUAUUGGUUGGUGGUAAUUGUUGCUUUUACAUCAUUGACUUUCGAAGAAAGAAAAGGUUAUUUGCCAUUUGUUCCUUUAAAAUGGCAAUUGAAGAGAAUUCAAAAAAGACAAAACAUGCAACAACGGAUAACUGAAAGUCAUCCAACCCCAAUUUAUUCAAGAGAAAGUGUCGAUUCAGUAAAUUCAUCUACACCUUUGCAGUUAUAG